UGUGUUGGCAUCAAGGACUAAAUAAACCUGGCAAUAGGGAACAAACUUGUGUAGUGUUAUCAUCAAUGGCGUUCAGCCAGAGAGUGAACGUCUAAGAUGUAGGUGACCGAGGAGAGAAAUCUUGCUGCAGUUCUAGAAUUUCAGCCAGUUUGUUCUUUUCAGUAGAAUCCGCUUUGCAUAAUGAUAGGUCUUCUUGAAGAGGACCCCUGCACUAACAGUUUCAAUCUAAUGAUUGGUUUCCUGAAAAUGUUGGAUUGAUGCAAAUCCUUUAGAGGAAGUUUUUUGUGCAAACUGAAGAAUUGAAUAUGCUGUGUGAAUUUAUGUGAAUUGUUCUAUGUUUUUGCCAUGGAGAAGGAAUCCCAAGAGAACUCUCUAAAUUUCUCUGCGGGGAAAGCUCAAAACGUUGGUCCUGUAGGCCCCGGCUCUGAGAGGCAUUACAUUUCCACUCUGGGAAAUCAGAUCAAGUUGGUGUCGCAGGUUGAUCAUGGCCCUGGUAGUUUUUCUGGCACUGUUCAGAAGGCAGAUGGUCAACAGAGUCGGAAUUUUUUGGAUUUAGAUGCCGGGCAAGGGGAGACUGUGAUCUCAAGGUCUUCAGCGGCUGGUUCAUUUUCAGCUACUGAGUCGGUUGCACAGUUUUCUGUUGUGAAUGCAGGAAGAAAUCGAAAAGAGCAAAAUGACAAGGAAGUGGUGGGACCCCAAGUAAGUGUCUCUACAGUGGCCAGUCUGCCUUUUAGUCUGGUUGAAACAGUGGGGAAGAAAACGGAGAGCAAUAACAACAACUUCAUCAGUAGUGGGAAGGGCAGUCUGCGAGAAUAUGGCAAGGGCAAACAGAGAUCUGAGCAGGCUGAGCUCCACAGUCCAGCUACGGGCAGGGGAGCGAAGUCGCCGUCUGUCAACAGAGAGUCGCCACAGUCUACAUCAACCUUGAUUCGUGUUGCAUCUAACGUUAUUCACGGAGUCGAAUCUGAUCUUCGCAAGUCCCCAUCUAUUCUUGGUAGGCAGUUGAUGGAUACAAAGGUAACGGACGAGUGUAACACUGGUAUAUCUGUGCAUAUGUUCAGUUCAAAUACACAGCCCAGUUCGCAGUUCAAGUGUCAGGAAGAGACUUCACAUCAACUCAAAAACUUUCUUCUGGGUUCAUCGGAAAAAUCCAGUGCUGUGACUUCUGUGAGGAGCUCGGCAGUCAGAACCCCCGUGAAGGAUCAAUCUCCAAACCAGCUGGGUGUGUUUCUUGGCAGCGGUUCUCAAGGAAGAAAUGUGAAUUUGGGGGAAUCUGCGACGCCGCUGUUGGGUCAGAAUCCUAUUCAGCCUCAGAGGACUCCACCGGGUGAACUCUCAGCAAUGCAAGAUGAUGAUGAUGAUGACGAAGAGGCUUUCAUCCCUGUGGGAGUGGUACAGCUUGCCUCCCUGAAAAGGCUGGAGGUAUCGGUGGAUGAUAUGAACACUGUUGAUGACCAAAUGCAAAGUUUCUCUAAAUCUCCUGUCAGCAACGAGGGAGGGUAUUAUGCAGGCAACACCUUUUCUGGGAAAGUAGGAAAGUUUCAGGGGGUGUCUCAGAUGGCGACUGCCAAAUCUAGUCAAGAAAAGUCGAGGCCACAGCAGCAAAAGCAGUUCUCAGCAACGGAACUCCAGGCUGUCCAGCUCCAGCAGUUGGCCAAGAGUAUCGAAGCCCAUCAGAACCUCCAGCAGCCUCCACAGGACCCCAAGCAACAAAAACACCAACUGUUGCUUCAGCUUGUUCAUCACGCGCAGCAGCAACAGCAGCAGAUAUUGGACAAGCAGCAGCAAGGCAGUCACCAACAGCUGCCUCGUCAUCAACAAGCUGAUGAACCGAUGCAGGAGCAGCAGCUGCACAAGAUACUCACAGACACAGGUUCACAUGGGGUGAGCCGUGAGCAGAGAGGCGUGGUUGUGUCGAGGGUUGAGAUGAACGUACCAAAGCAUCUGGAGGUGCAGACCCAGGCAAUGGAUGUUCGUCAGCAGUUUACAGCAGGACCUCAAACCAAGCAUCAUGUUGGGAGUACAGGCUUCACAUCAUCAAAUGCUUCCAACCUUUACACGGCGGCCCAAAAGUCCCCUCAGGUUGGUGUCUACCAACAGACCUUCUCAAACGUGUCGCCGGCUAUGACCCCAUCUUUUGCUGCAAGCACGCCGAAAAUAACGGAGCAGUUGUUGCAGCAGCCAAAGGACACUGACCCCGACCAAACAUCUGCGUCUUGGGGUGGUCGAGCACAGUUCUCUCCCAUGCCCUCUCCGGCUAGCGAGCAGCUCGUGUUGCCCCAGUCGGGCAGCGUGACGACUGUGUCCACGACUCCCGCGGGCCGACUUUCUCAGUCACCUCUCCACCAGCAGCACCCAGAGAUCUCGCGACGGCUCAAUUCCCCAGCCAGCCCUCGGCAAGGUGGAGGAAGUCCCCGCCAGCCCGCCAGCCCUCGGCAGUCUGCUAGCCCACGAUGUGCUGUUAGUCCCCAGUUGGUGCCCAUGACUCCUCCCCACUUUGCCAGUCCCUCCACCCAAACGUUUGUCGGUUCCCGGUCUACUGCUUCUAGUACCAGGCAGCUGGUAACACCACUACCCCGCCCCGCCUCCACCCCUCAGCUCUCAGUUUCCAGCACCAGUCCACUCAUGAGACCUCCCUCUGCCUCCAGGUACGCUGCCAACUCAUCACAGUCCGCAAGUUCCUUUCAGCACGUCCUGCCACCAAAAGUCACCAGUGAGAGUCCGUCUCCAAGUGCUCCUGUCACCUCCCCUUUUACGACUGGUUUUUCCAGUGCACGGGAUUCGAGACAAGAUAGAUUAGCUGGUGUUGGGCAAAGUCAGGUGCAGAAUUUUGAGCCGCAUAGGUCCUUAUCUGGGGCUAGUCUUCCAACUCAGGAUCUAGUGGGUAAAAGAUCCAGUAGUUAUGGGCAGUUGUUUGGAAGCCCGGAGUACAAAAGCCAACAGCAGCAGCAGUCUGCCACGCAACAGUACACCGGUGGUCCUGUGUGCCGUCUGCCAAGCAGCGAGCGUCAGUACGAAAUGAAAAUGACAUCAAGAGCUGAAGCCACAGCGCAACAGUUCAGGGACCCGGUUCAGCAUAGUAGGCCAGACUCUUUGUCUUCGGAUGGUGCAGGUUUUACUCUAUCUUUCCCCUCGCAGUUUGGAUCCCCUUCUUCCUCUGCAAGUUACGACCCAGUGAAAUAUCUGCAGUCCCCAUCCUCCCCUCCUCCUGAGUACACACAGUUGUCCUCCAUCUCUUCCUCGCCUGCCAUGCAUUCACAACAGUUCAGUGCGAAACAGGUCAUUCACCAUCGCCCUCCCGAGCAGCCACAGCGCAACCCUAGUCCCCAUGUUAGAAGUCUUUCCAACCCCGUGACUCCCCUGUCAGAGGACUUUAGACCAAAACCCUCAGUGUCAGUUCCGUCAAUUCAGACGGCCAACUCUGUGUGGCAGGUUCGAGAAACUCGGCAAGAGUUACCUAGUCAGAGAGAAAAGCCACAAAGAACAUUUAGCUCAUUCUCUACCAAAUCUGCAGGGGGAAGCACACACCCCUCACAGGUAAAGCAACUUCAAGCUCUGGGAACUGAAUCUAGUGGUGUCCAAUCUCAAAACUACAAUACACCAUCAGACAAACAGUUUGUAAACUCUGUUGCACAGUCUGCUCCUCUAAGAGGAGAGAGACAUUCCACGUCAAUUCACAGCGAAACUGUUUCCCAGACAGUGCCAAAGAAUGUUCAUGUAGGACAGUUGCACAGUCAGCCUACUCUGAUGGAGAAGGAGAACAGCCUCAUUCAAUCUCUCUUCGAGAGCUGUUCUGGCGGGGAGAGACAGCACAGUACUGUGCUUCAACAGGGACAACAUGGUGCCCAGGCUCAGCAGAGGUCUCACAAUGAACCAAUUGCUCCGUCAGCUCAAUCUCACAUUCCGAUUAUUCAAGACAAGCAAGGGGACUUUUCUCCAGCGAGGCUGGAGGCCGGCAGGACUUUCUCUACUAGUUCUUCCGUUCCCACCCAAGAAAUGAGAAAGAAUGAGGGUGGUCUGAAGGUUCUGUCAGAGAUCGCCAGUGAAAUACUGGCCGUCUCAGGUCAGGGGGAAAGCACAACACUGAGACAGGAAAAUGUUGACAGUGAACUGUCUAGAGAGGGAAGCAAACUCGAUUCUUUGCGGGCGGAGGACGGCCCAGCAGGAGAUGCUGUGAGUAGGGAAAAAGAGGAACCAGCGACAGUCAUCACCAAGAAAACCAGCAGCUUGUCCUCUGAUGCCGACCCACCGAAGGUUGGCAAAUCGAAUAUUCAUCCUGUUCGUCAGGAGGAAACUCCACGGCGAGAAAUAAGGAAGAGAAAACCAAAGAAGCCUUUUGAACAGGAGGACACACCCUAUCGCAAAAACCAGAAACCGUUCAAGUCAAACCUGAAGGGAGGUAAACUUUCUAAACCAGGUGGUGUUGAAAAUAAACAAGGACACGCUCCUAGGAACAAGCCCGGUGGAAAUAAAAAGUUGGGAAAACCAGACAAAAACAGAAAAUUGUUUAACAAAACAGGGUUGAAGAAUGCCAAAAAAUCUACGAAAGAAGAGGAUGAAGAUUAUGAAAUGGGUGAUGACUCAAAGAGUGACAGUGAAUCUGAAAGCUCUUCAAGGAGGAUUUCACAGCGUCUUGUAAGGAAGGAGCAGAGGGAAAAAGAUGAUAAUCGAAGGAGCAGUUCAAGGCCACAAAGACAGUCCCGGCGAGUAGACUAUAAAGAGGAGGGUGGGGUAGAGAUGGAGGCCCCCGGCCGAAGUAUGAGGUCAAAGAGGAGAAGCUCCGUAAGUCAGUCGUCAAAUGAUGCUCAGCCCUUGGGUAAUCAGGAAAAAAUUAUCACCAGACACAGCAAGCAAAAUGAAAAGACAGAUCAAGAUUCUAACUCAAAAUUGAGCACUCGAUCCAACAACAAGAAAGAUGAAAUGAGAACUGAAGCCUCUGGUAAAAAGAAUACGACUGCAACCACAGCUGAAAAAGACAAACUGACUGGUGGAAAGGAGGGAUCUGAGAGGAAGGAUAGCAAACAUGUGGAGAAGAAAGUUGCUAACCCUGCUUCUUCAACUCGUUUCAAAUCAAAAGUUUCAUCAAGGCACAGGCGAAGAAUUGGAGCAGCGAGACGUUUGGUGUCACGGUCCUCUAUCACCACACGGCGAAGUGAACGAGACCAUCCUCAAAAGUCAGCCAAAUCAUCUCCAGUGUCUAGUGGUAAGCGCCAGCUACCAGCACCUUUUGUGGAUGAGUUACCACGGGCACGAAAAGUUUUGAAAAGAUCGAACUCUCCAGAAAAGGGGCAAAAGGGAAACAAGGCUGAUUGGUCUACCGAUGUGCCAGAUUUGGAAGCUGACGGUAGUGCAACUGUACCAGAGAGAAGUUUGAGGCACAGCUUGAGAACAAAGGACAAGUCUAUCUCCGACCGAGAAAGUUCAAAUGCCAGUGUCUCUGACCCCAGCCCUUCGAUAAAGAAUAAAAACUCUGACUCUGUUCCUUCCACGAGGAGUAAAAGGAAUACCAAAAAGAAGGCUAACCAUAACGAUGAUGGAACAUCAAGGUCAAGUCGUGAAAAUGGUUCAGAAAGUCUCUCCACAGGAGACCAGAUGUCUCUGGUUAAAGCAGGCCUUACUCCUUCCAACUCAGAGAUUGACUCCAUGUCGGGGAUCAGCGAAAGUCAUUCGGAGAAGCAUCUCAAACAGGACGAGGCGACCGAAGAGAGAACACAGAUUGAUGUAAGCAGGGACUCGAACGGUUUGAGCAAUUCUAAGGAUGAACUGGAAACAACGAGCAUGUUAGAUCCUGAAACUGGUCUCUUCUCGGGCCAGCUAGAUGGAGGCAAGCAGGGAGACGAUCACAUGAUCUGGACUGCGGAGCAUUCAGAGUUGUCUGACGAGAAUGCGAAAGCAAAGCCAGAUACAGCGGCACGGUCAGUUGAUGGUCUGGAUGGGGGAACUACCAGACAUGGGAGCAAGAUGAUCUUGUACAAGCUUGUGCCUUUGUUGGACGAGGAAGUCCCAGACAUCACAGAUUCUAUGGUUCCCAUCAAUGGAUUGUUUGUACCUGGAGGAAACGGAAACCGCAUCCUUCUGCCCCGAGACUUCAUAUUGGGCCCCACUGUUGGGAAACUGUCCAUGCCACAACAGUCCGGGGCCGCAGCAGUGGUCAGUUCAUGCACCUCCACUAGUGUUGAUGUAUCGUUUGCUGAGCUGCCUCAGUCUAAAAGAUGGGGGAGCCAGACUUCAACUCAUUUAUCCACGAAAAGAGAGGAAGUUCAGACGACAUCUAACAUAAGAAACGAUUCAUCUGUUCACCCGACUUCGUCAUGGAGCCAACGUGGCAGACAUUCGCAGCUCACUCCACCCUCCUCCACGUGGAUUCCUCAACCCCCGGCUCCGAUCUCCGCAACAACCGUUGCUCCGAGGGUGGGGACUUCCUCUUUCCCGCACGAACCGGCAGCAGCUGCUCUGUUGUCUUCCUCAGAGGCAGGCUUCUACAGCUCCAACACCAGACAGCAGGGACCUCCGUCUACCAUGUCGACCAACCAGAGCAGCACAGGGUUACCCACCUCAUCGUCAUCACUACAUGAGCAAUCGCCUUCUCCCCUGUCUCGGGGCCAGAUGCAUAAAGUGCCCCCCGGGACGUCUUCCCAGCCCCAGCAGUGGACUUCCUCUCACACGCAACCUCGACCGACCUCGGAACACCAGCACGACUCGUCCGCCUGGAAUGGGGCCUCACUUCCUUCCUCUGUGGCCUCCAUCACGGUUGAGUCGUGGAGCAAAGAGUUUUUCUCCGAUCCCACCUACAAUCGGCAGCUGGGCUUGAACCAGAGAGUCGAGCCUGUGGCCCCGAUGGAGAACUCUGCUAUAUCUUACAAUCCACCUGUGAAUCAGAUGGGUUUUUCAGGAGCACCCUCAGGUUUCAAUUCGACGCGAGACACUCCCAAAUUAGCCGACCAGUCGUCCUCCUCCCUCCCUGCUACUCCCAUGUACCCGGCCAGCCAAAGAGACCCGGAGAUCAACAACAACGGCCUCUUCAGCUCCACUGUGCAGAAUGAGCUUGACUUCCCGGACAGCUUGAGACAAGACAACUUUAUCCAGGGAUUCCUGCGGCAGAUUUCGGCCAACCCAGGCAGCUUCAGUCAGGAGCUGGCAGGAUUUAACCUGGCCCAGCAGGAUUUCGCUUAUCUGGAAAGUCGUCUGCGGCAGACUUUGUCACCCAACACCCUUCUCUCGGCUGUGACGGCCUACGAAGAGAAUGCCAGCCCCAGCAAUUUGACCAGCCAUGAAAAUUCUCUGCAAGACAGCAUCAACCUCGUGCACACAGUUAAUCUGGAUGCUGGGGAUGAAGCCCUAGCAGACAUGGAUGAAAAUCUGGGGCUCCCUAUCCUUGGUCAGUCAACGGCCUUAGACCUUCCUCGGCUGUCCGCGGGGGCAGCUACGAGCGUUGUCCCGCCUGCUAGUAUCACGGAAGACAUGACAUCUGUGACACCGGUGCAGGAAGGUGACGCCACUCCAGCCAAGGCAGACUCAGCAGUGAAGAAAAAUAAAAUUGUACCAAAGGAAAGAAAACACUUGUACAAGAUGUUCACGGACGAGGAGCAGAAAAAGCGGUGCGAGUGUCUGGUCUGUGGGAAGGUGUACGGCAUAGCCAGCAUCUACCGGCACCUGAGGGUGCACGACAAAGACAGCAAGCACCCGUGCCAGGACUGCGACCGAGUGUUCUCCCAGGCCUCCUCCCUCAACGCUCACCGCCGCACUAACCAUGGCCUGUCGGAGCCGGGAAAGCGAUCGAAGCAGACACCAGAGUCUGCAGGCUCCACCCCUAGAUCUACUGCCAUGUCUACGACCCCGUCUAAAGUUUCCCCGCGAGAGCAGCGGCGCUCCCAGCUCAAGUCCCCGGACAGCAAGCGUGGUCGGAAGAGCUCAGGCAGCGAGAGUGUGGGCGCCCCGAUACACCUGGACAGUUCGGAGAUAUUGAAGCAGCAGGAGACUCAGAGGCAGAUAGAGGAGCUGCGCCGGCAAAAAGCCGAGAAGAAACGUGCCGCUCAGAAAAAGCGCAGUGAAGAGUUUGGGGAGCCGCAGUUACCGCCAGAGACCCCAGGUGAUGGCACGUCUGGUGGGCAGAAAGGCGGCGAGGAGAGUGGGGAGCAGCAGGGUGAGGGACAGGGGGUACAGGAGGUCGGUAGUGGUGUCGUGACUGAGAGUGGGCACCUGAUGUCUUCUUCUGACUCAGCUGUGGUGACCGACAGUGGACAGGGGGUGUCUUCUGACUCGGCCACGGCAAGCUCUGAGCGAGAAGAACCUCCGGUGCAAAGUAAAGAAGAUGUGUCUGGCAGCUCUGAACCUCAAGGAGGGGGGGCUUUGUACACCCAGGCAAAUACUGAGCCAGUCGAUUCCAAAGACACUAAAACACACACUACUCCGCUGUCUUUGGAUGAGGGUCCUGAAGGUGAUGAUAAAGUAGAACCAUCUGAUAAGGUGAAGAUUCCCCCUUUUGUCAAAAAUGGCAUGCAUGCGUGUCCCAAGUGUAACACGAUCCUGAAGUCUCGCAGCACGCUCGUGUUACACAUCCGUCGACACAACAAGGAGAAGACAAAGUUCUGCUCGUACUGCAGCAAAGGCUUCUACACCAGCCAGGAGCUUAAGUCUCACGUGCGCACUCACACUGGGGAAAAGCCCUACCAGUGCUCUAUUUGCCUGCAGAGUUUUGGUCAUCACGGCUCGCUUUUGACUCAUCGUCGAAUCCAUGACAGAAACGGAGAAGUGCAGCCGUUUCCCGUGAUUGAUGGAGUAGUGCAGAUGCCGAGGAAAGUUCAUGCUCGUCCAGGAACCAAAAACAAGUCGGGUGAGAGUUCUGGGAGGGGGUCUAAAAAAACGAAGAAGCCAGCAGGGGGAUUAACUUCUCCUAUUGGCGAGAGUCUGCAGACUGACAGUGAUAAGAGGAACGAGGAUAUUGCAGAGGCUGUUGCAGGGGCAAGUGGCCAUCCAGGCGAGGGGCAGAUAUCUAACUUUAGCCCACCGAGGUCGGCAGCUCACCAAGGUAGUGGAGAAUUUCCUUUUGAGGGACAAGGGAGGACACGUGUGUCCGAUGUAGCCUUUGGAAGUUCUGUGCCUAAUCGGGACGUUCGUAGUUUGGGCAUGAGUGAAUCAGUGGGUAGUGUGAGAGCACAAGAGGACAUGACCUCUGCGUUCCCGCAACAAAUGUCUCCUUUAGUCAGCCCGGGUACACCAGUAUCGGCUAACAGAGGCUACUUCACGGACCCUGUAGGCUACUCUGGGGGUGGUCAGAAAGAACUAAUGUCUCCUCCACAAGCCAGCACCUCGAGUCUGCAUGCUUCCAGCCAGAUGGUCAGCGGUCAGAAUGCCCAUCAGUCCCAUGAGCUUCAUCAGUACGGCAGUGGUCCCCCAACAGAGAAAGUUGUUGAUUACCAAAGAGUUGCAACUGGGAUGAGCGCAUCUCUCAACAACUUUUAUCCCCAGCAGCAGCAACAACAGCAGUAUCAACAUUACCAGUUACCGCACAUGGCAGCGGAUCAGUCGCAAUACCAACGUAUGCCUGAGAACGCUGUUCCUUUAGACAAAGCGGACCCGUCGUCAGGGGAGAUAGUGAAGAAGCUUCUCCAGCAUUUUAACGUUCCGUCUGCUAACUACCCUGAAGCGGCUGCGGUAGACUACAGCCAGGAGAUGUCUACCCCAGGGCCACCGGAGUCUUCAUCGAGGAUUACAACUGUUGCUCCUCCUCCUCCUCCUCCCCCACAACCCGUUAUGUACACAGACAAAGUUGUAAACCCCCCUCCAUCGUAUAUGGCAAGCACUCAUCAUAGGCAACAGCAGCAGCAGCAACAUCAUCAGUAUAGCAGCAGUUCCCAGAGGUCUGACGUACCUCCACCUCAGCACCCUAUGUCCCCCGGCAGUAGCAGCUCUUGGGCACCGAUGGCAAUGCCUUCUCCUCAUCAUCAAGUUCAUCAAGCAAUGCCUUCUCCUCAUCAUCAAGUUCAUCAAGCAAUGCCUUCUCCUCAUCAUCAAGUUCAUCAAGAAAUGUCCUCUCCCCAUCAUCAAGUUCAGCAGGAAAUUUCCUCUCCUCAUCACCAAGUUCAUCAAGGAUUGUCCUCUCCUCAAGUUCAUCAGGAAAUGUCCUCUCCUCAUCAUCAAGUUCAACAAGGAAUGUCCUCUCCCCUUCAGUUUCCUCAAGCAGUUCCCUUCUCCACAAACAAUGCAGUCCCCCCACAGGAAGAGUUUGGGUACACUAGCGGGGAGAAGGCUGCGCCGAUGUCGUUCACACCUCUGCCAAAAUUUGAGAGCCUGUCACAAGAAGUCAAUCAUCUGCCCAGUCAGAAAUCUCAAAAAUAGCUUGAUACCAUUCCAGCAGAUCGACAUGGGCAUAUGUGUGCCUCAAUGUGGAACCGGAUGUGAAAGAAUGUGUGCAAAACUUCCCAUUUCUGUGCAUGCUUAGUUCUAAAAUGUUGCCGCUGGGAUAGAAUCCAGGCACUUUCUCCUGCCCAAGUUUCACUCAAUGGUAUUCAAACUUGGGUUAGAGUGCAGUUGGUUAAAGAACACUAAUUUUCAAAAUGUUGCCGUUGGGAUCGAAAACUGUUUAUGUUUAAAAAAUAGUCUGUUGUUUGGUUUUUUUAAUUAGACAGGGUAUGUGUGAUGUUAUUUUUGUUUAAAAUAUUUUUUCUCCUGUAAGAAUAAAAUGAAGCUGCGCACCUAGAUUCUUUGUCUUCCUCAUCAAUAUUAGACCAGGGACUGGAGUCUGAAUUAAAAAAUUUUCUGAAGUCAGGAUGAUGAUUGAUGAUUAUUAUUUUUUUCAGUUGUUUACACUCUUUAUGAUUGACAUGAUGAACAGUGGUUGUCCGAAGUGUUCAGCAUUUUUAACCAGGUAGUGCUUUCAGCUGAUAUUGUAGACUUUCUUAUUUACUGGUUUUAGAUUUAUAGUUUUUCGGUUAUAAAAGAUUCCUGACAGUUUUAUUUUCACAAGGAAUUUUUUCAUCUUAUUUGCUGUAAGUUGUUUUUGUUCACAAAGUUUGAAGAUUUUUGAAGUAAGGGAGAGAGAUGUGAAUAUUUUUGCCUGACUAGGAUUACUUAUUCUGGAGUACUUGGGAAGUUGUUUUGGUCAGUAUUGCUCGUUGCCGAAAGUUAUGGUCAGAUUCGGCGGGAACUGAUUUUUUAAUAGUUUUUUUUUUUUGUGGAAACAAUAUAUAUUAUAGCGGUACAGUAAAACCUUGGUAUAUAAUAACAAGCAAUUGCCUUGGUUGUUCAGCUUUUAGUAAACUUUUAGCACUUUUUCCUUGUUUUGAGAGAAACGAGUAAGUUAAGAACACCAGAAACUGGUGGGGGGAAAGACUGUCGCUGCUGAUCUUGGAAUGCUUGUUCAUGCAUCGGUUGCGCUUCAUCAUGUGGAUAUGCUGCUUUUUGUGUACAUUUCUCUGUUUAGCUUUGCAUUUGUUUACUCUUUUAUUGUGAUUGAUUGAAUUUCUGAAAGGAUUAAGACUGCAAUAAGUUAGUUUAUGCCUGGCUAAUGAUGGACUUUGUUUUACUUUUGUCAAAUGUAUAUUAAGAAAAAAAGAUAUAUAUAUAUCUGCCUACUCAUACUUUUUUGUGCACACACUUUCUUUUAAAAGGGCAUUACUGAUCAUAUAUGUGGAAAAAUAUAUACUUUUAGGUAAAGAUUGGAAACAUCUUCUGGACUUGUUCCGAAUUUUGUGCAGUUGUCCAGAUUAUAAAGUGUUAUUGGGAAGUGCAGAAUCCUCACACAACACAGUCUUUGUCUUUUCCAUUGGAAAUUUUGUAGAUAGCCUUAUGACGUGUUUGGCUCAGCAAAACCAAAGCCUGAUAUUGCAAAAACACUGGUGAGAUUAUUACAGCUACAGUCAAAUCUUGUUUGUUUUUUUUAAAGGUGUGUGAAGAUAACUACAUAUUUGAAAAUGUUAUUAUGACAAGUGAUUUUGAUGUUGCUGAAUGCUUUCUUAAAACCUAAUGAUGUAAAAAGAUGUCGUGGGCCAGCUGGUCAGAUGCAGUAAGCCAGACGUUUGAAAAUAUUUUUAUUGUUGCACUUUCUCAAUCCAUUGUAUCUGGUGCAUGUACUUGAGAACUAGUUUGUAGAAAUUCAAAUUCUAAAUGUGGAAAACAAGCAAGAAAAGAUAUAUGGAGCAAGCACAAGAUUAAGGGAAUGAAACAUUAUUUUUUCUUUCUCCUGAAAAUUUUCCUUUCUGGGCUUAAAACAUUUGAACAGCGUACCAAGGAUGUCGUCCUUUCCUUCGUGUCUUGUGACGUUCCUGUGACUCCAGCUGCCACGCCCUGACGGCCCGCGUGUCUGGCUGAGGUGUUGGCCCACUGGCCUUAAGAAUGUGGGAAAGAUUUACUAUAUACAGUGGAGUCCGCUGAAACGGAAGUCAGUGGGACUGCUGGAUUUUCUUUUUUGGUUUAGCCGGGUUUUGGGUUUAGAGAGGCUGCUCAAAAAGAAAGUAAAAAAAAUAAAUAGGGGGAUUUUAUUUUUUCUCGGUAAACCCUUGUUUUCUGAUAAAUUGUGUUUGAUUUAUGCGGACUCUGCUGUACAUCCUGCAGCUACUGUUCAUGUUUUUGAAAUGUUUGAAAUAGCACUCCUGGUACGAUGGUACGAGUGUGUGAGUGUACAUCCAUAUAUUCCCAUGAUGUGUUGCUAGGAAAUGUUUUAUGACAUGUUGGGAUCAGGCGCACGUCAAUUUUGGGGCAUAUGGAGUUAAUGGUACCAUCAUAAAGCUUGUUCGAUUGUCUUGGUUUUAAUUUGAAAAAUACCCAUCUAUCUUGAAUAGAAGUCAAGAUAUCUGCGAUUGAAGGAGAUUGGUAUUGCCUUGUGUCAAAGUAUAAUUAGUGAGAAAAAAGCCGACAAAGUUUGAUGGCUUCCAAAGGUAUAGUGUCGUUGGAACUGCAAAUUAACAUUUUUUGCACUUUUUUCAUUUUUCUGUAAAAUCCAUGCAGUUUUUAGAAAGAUGACAUGAAAAAAAAACCAAGAUUGAUUUAAAUGCCCAAUGGGCCAGAAAAUGUUGGUUUCUCCUAUUUAAUUACUUUGAUGAACACCUGAUUUCACCAUGACGCCACACAAAUGCUUUCUGUGUGAUCACUUUGAAUGAGGAAAGCUUUUCCCUGUGCCCAGCUUGAGUGGCAGUUUGCCCAGUGGGUUGCGCUACACCGGUUCUUUCUCAACGUCUUUCUCCGACACGCCUUUGCCUUACUUACAUUACUUACAAGCAACUGUGCUUUCUUUUUGGUUAAACUUUCCAAAGGAGAUGGUGAAUUUUUCGACAACACUUUUGAUAAAAAAUACAAAUUUGAAUUGGCAUUUGUUUCAUAAACAGAGUCUGUUUUGUUGAGGAGUUAAAGAGUAGCAGAUGCUGAUGAGGAACUUGCCAUUUUGUAGAAACGA